CGCUCCGCCCCUUUACUCCUGGCGGCUGGGCGAACCCGGCGUCUGCUGCAGCGGCGGCGGCGGUGGUGAGAAGGCCCGAGAGGACUUGGCGUCAGCGACAGCGGCGGUGGUGGUGGGACCAGCAGCAGCAGCUACAAGUCCCCUCUGCCACAGCCCUGCCGCACGAGUCCCACGAGCCGCCCACCCCGUCGCCCUGGGCUCUGCUUGACCUCGCUGGUGGGUCCACUAGUCGCCAACCCCGGCAGCGCCCCCAGUUGUCCUCCGACUCGCCUUCGGCCUUCCGCGCCUGCCGCAGUCACAGACGCAUCGCCAGCCGCAGCCUCAGCCCCAGCUGUAGGCACAGCCCAAGGCACUAUCCCAGCUCCCACUGCAGCGCCUCCGGACACAUAACCCCACGCCGACACCCUGGAGGUUGGGAUGCUCUUGUCCAAAAUCAACUCGCUUGCUCACCUGCGCGCCGCACCCUGCAACGACCUGCACACCACCAAACUGGCGCCCGGCAAAGAGAAGGAGCCCCUUGAGUCGCAGUACCAGGUGGGCCCGCUGCUGGGCAGCGGCGGGUUCGGCUCCGUCUACUCAGGCAUCCGGGUCGCCGACAACUUGCCGGUGGCCAUCAAGCACGUGGAGAAGGACCGGAUUUCCGACUGGGGAGAGCUGCCCAAUGGAACCCGAGUGCCCAUGGAAGUGGUCCUGCUGAAGAAGGUGAGCUCGGGCUUCUCUGGCGUCAUUAGGCUCCUGGACUGGUUCGAGAGGCCCGACAGUUUCGUCCUGAUCCUGGAGAGGCCGGAGCCGGUACAGGACCUCUUCGACUUUAUCACGGAAAGAGGGGCCCUGCAGGAGGAGCUGGCCCGCAGCUUCUUCUGGCAGGUGCUGGAGGCCGUGCGGCACUGCCACAACUGCGGAGUGCUCCACCGCGAUAUCAAGGACGAGAAUAUCCUCAUCGACCUCAAUCGCGGCGAGCUGAAGCUCAUCGACUUCGGGUCGGGGGCGCUGCUCAAGGACACCGUUUACACGGACUUUGAUGGGACCCGAGUGUAUAGUCCUCCAGAGUGGAUCCGCUACCAUCGCUACCACGGCAGGUCUGCGGCUGUCUGGUCUCUGGGGAUCCUGCUGUACGAUAUGGUCUGUGGAGAUAUUCCUUUUGAGCAUGAUGAGGAGAUCAUCAGGGGCCAAGUUUUCUUCAGACAGAGGGUCUCAUCAGAGUGUCAACAUCUCAUUAGAUGGUGCUUGUCUCUGAGACCAUCCGAUCGGCCUUCCUUCGAAGAAAUCCAGAAUCAUCCAUGGAUGCAAGAUGUCCUCCUGCCCCAGGAAACUGCUGAGAUCCAUCUCCACAGCCUGUCGCCAGGGCCCAGCAAAUAGCGGCUUUUCCAGCAGGUUGUCCCCUCCUGCCAGACCCUCCAGGGAGGGGACACUUCUGUACCAGUGACACUGUUCACCAAGCAGAUCAGUGCUUGAUACAGGAACAACAUUUACAACUCAUUCCAGACCCCAGGCCCCUGGAGGAUGCCUCCAGCAGGGGGAAGAAUCUCCUCUCCUGGCGUCCUAGGCCUCAAUUCCUUGUAGAUGCUCUCUCCUCCUAGGUGUCCAGCCAGCACUAGCACUGCUGGGCUCUACAGAGUCCCGGGGGGGGGGGGGGGUGGGAGUGGGUCAGAACCCUGCCAUGGAACUCUUCCCUUCAUCACGAGUUCUGCUGAAUGCCGUAAUGGGUGGGGUUGGGGGGAAAUGGGUUGGGGUGGGAUAGGACUAGCACCAUUUUAAGUCCCUGUCACCUCUUCCGACUCUUCUGAGUGCCUUCUGUGGGGACUCCGGCUGUGCUGGGAGAAAUACUUGAACUUGCCUCUUUUACCUGCUGCUUCUCCAAAAAUCUGCCUGGGUUUGGUUCCCUAUUUUUCUCUUCCCUUCCCCCAUCCUUCAUAUGAAAGGUGCCAUGGAAGAGGCUACAGGGCCAAAUGCUGAGCCACCUGCCCUUUUCUGGUCUUCCUGUUUGGUUUUUACUUAACUGUUUCAAAGCCAAGACCUCACACAAAAAAUGCACAAACAAUGCAAAUCAACAGAAAAAACUGUAAAUGUGUGUACAGUUGGCAUGGUAGUGUACAAAAGGAUUGUAGUUGAUCUAAUUUUUUAAAAUUUUGCCUUUAAGUUAUUUUUACCUGUCUCCCCUCCCCACCCCCCCAAAGAUGAGCAUUCUAACCUGGAGGUCAACGUUAUGUAUUUAUUUAUUUAUUUAUUUGGUUCCCUUCCAGCUCUAAGCUUCCACAGCUGCCGCCAUAGUUUUCUUUCCUCCUUUUCCUCCUCUGACUUGGGGACCUUUGGGGGUAGGGGCUACAACAUUUGCUCUGUUCUUAGGGUGAUGGGACUCAGGCAGGCGGGACAGCUGCUGCAGCAGCUCCCUGCUGCUCUGGGGCCCCUCCCGCCUGCUUACCCAAGUGGGGUGGGUUCUGCGGGUGAUGGGGGGCGUGGCUGACUAGUGUAUAUAGGAUAGAUAUAUGAAAACCAGUUCUGGGUGGUGUGCCUUCCGGAUCCUCUCUGGGGCUGUGUUUUGAGCAGCAUGUAGCCUGCUGGUUUUAUCUGAGUGAAAUACUGUACAGGGGAAUAAAGAAAUCUUAUUUUUUUUUUAUACUUGGCGUUUUUUGAAUAAAAACCUUUUAUCUUAA